AUGACUGAUGAUGAUUUCCAGUCAAUUCUAAAUGGGGAGAACAGGAGAGAUAUGGGCGCUGACAAGAUGGCUGAGGGUUUGGACCUCGCAUCUCAGGCAGUAGGGGAAGGUGAACCAUCUAGAGUAGCGAAUGAGCCGAAGGGUGUUGUCCACCAGCCAGUAGACGAGGUGGCAGAAAAACAAACCGAAGAAGAGGAGGAGCCGAAGUCAGCAACUCCCCAGUCAGAACCAAGGGAGGGUGAGAAAGAAUCAGAAGAAGAGGUCGAAGUACAACCUGAAGGGCCGGAAACUAUAGCCCCAACAAUGUCAAAAUCAAAAGCAGUCAAGAGGGAAUUGGUGUUUAAGGCAGGAGCAAACACGGCAGUAGAUGCAGUAGAAAUCCAUAGUGAAGAUGAAAGGGCCACUCCUACAAAACCUGGGGAGGAGCCCUUGAAAACUAGUCAGGAGGACGCCCUAUCGGCAACAAGAACGACACCACCAACGCCAAAUGACCAAGAGGAAGAGGCUGAGAAGGUGGCUGAGGGUCUGGACCUCGCAUCGAAGUCAGUAGGUCAGGAUGAGGCGAUAGACGACGACACUAGUGCCUGCGUGGUGGCCAAGCCUACUACCUAG